AUGGGGAUCCUUAUCUCCAUCUUCAGGCGAGGCCAUCGGAAGAAGGCAGUGAUGGGUGCUCGCACCUCCACGACGUCCCGCAGCUCAGUGUCCGCAGUGGACACAGUCACUGUCAGUGUGGCGCGGGGGCAACCAGUGCCAGCCACGACACCCAGCUGUGUCCCGAACUACAGCACAGAGAAGACGGUGUUGAGGGCCCUGGGAGAGAGCGGGCAAGGGAUGGCCAAGCAGGAGGAAGUCCCCACAGUCACAGGGAAGAACGAUGACCAGAGAAGCCCCAAUGACACCGGGGGCGCACGAUCUGCAUUUAGGCCCCUGGGGGGCUCUUUCUUCGUGCCCAGGCCUGGACCUCUGCAGAGAGACCUCCACGCCAAGUGGGCAGGGGACAGAUCCGCCAGGAAACUGCAGACCUCUUGUAUGAGCUCCUGCCCCCAAAGAAACGCCAUCACGAGCUCAUAUAGCUCUACCCGAGGUUUCCUGCCAGUGAAGAGAAGGAGGGAUCCCGCCAUACCGCAAGGGCUGCCCCAGAAGUCUGCAAAGACAGGGCGCGAGGAGGGCCCUCCAUCGCCCUCUGCAGCUCCGGUGGUUUACCAGAGGAAAAGCCAGCCUGACAAAAAUGCAGAGGCAGCAAGAGGGCAGAAACGGCCCUGGAGGAACAGCUCCCGCACAUCUGACAGUCCCAGGCCCCAAAAACGCAGGUUUCCUCUGCUGCCACACAGGCGAAGGGAGCCUCUGAUGCUGCCCCCAGCCCCUGAGCCGGGUUUCCGGGUCACUGCUGAAGACCUAGACUCGGAGAAGGAAGCAGCGUUCCGGAGCAUCAACAGUGCGCUGCGGGGUGAGACCUAUGCCAUCGGGGACCUCGGCAGCUCUCCCCAGCAUAGGAGCCUUCAGGUGCUGGAGACCUUCCCUCCUGAGAUCCAGGUCUUCAUGAAGGACUCCAGUGGCCAGGGCAAGCCUUACGCCAUUGACCCUGAUGACUCCAUCCACGACUUGAAAGAGAAGGUUGAAGAGGCUGGAGGACCUUACAUGGAGGGUCCCGGGGCCAGAAACUGUGGAAUCAAUAGCUUCUCAGAUUGCACAUCAAGGAUUGUGACACCAUCAUGCUCCUCCUCCAGCGGAGACGAGGCUGCCCCUCUCUCCCUGCACGCUGUGGGCUGGGUGUGCAACCCGGCUCGGGCCACAGUCCCAACACCCCCUCCAACACCCCCCCCACCCCCACCCCCACCCCCCGUCCCCGCCGACCCCGCUCGGCGCCCACCACAGCCGGCAAAGCCCACACGGGGCGCUCAGUUAAAGCUGAACCUUAGGCUAGCCCAGUGCCUGGCCCCGGAGAAGUCUCUGCGAAAAACUGGCACAGACGAAUUAGCAGUACAGACUGGGGUCUCCCUACUACCCUUCAUGCUUGGCGGCAUCACCUUCGACUACCUCGCAUUCUCCCGGCGCUGA